CACUCAGACGAAGCAGGCGGCGCAUUCCUCCACCUUCCCCCGAUUCCGGUGCUCGAGUCCUGCGCAGCGCACAGAGCGGAGGUCCGGCACCAUGGAGGAUGUGUACGGCUUCACCCGCAGCCCUGCCUGGGAGGAACUGGAGCCGGAGAAAGGACCGGUGUCCGCGGCGGGGAUCCAUGUCCAUGUGGUGGGCGCUGUCGCCGGCUCCGGGGCCGCGGACGAGUCCUCUGACAGCGAGGCGGAGCAGGAAGGCCCCCAGAAGCUGAUCCGGAAAGUGUCGACCUCCGGGCAGAUCCGGAGCAAGACCAGUAUAAAGGAGGGACUGCUGCUGAAACAGACCAGCUCGUUCCAGAGGUGGAAGAAACGCUACUUCAAGCUGAGGGGCCGAACUCUCUACUACGCCAAGGAUGCCAAGUCCCUUAUCUUUGACGAGGUGGACCUAUCGGACGCCAGCGUUGCAGAGUCCAGCACAAAGAAUGUCAACAACAGCUUCACAGUGAUCACUCCGUUCCGUCGGCUCAUCCUCUGCGCUGAGAACAGGAAAGAGAUGGAGGACUGGAUCAGUUCCCUGAAGUCCGUCCAGUCCAGAGAGCAUUACGAGACGGCACAGUUUAAUGUGGAACAUUUCUCAGGGAUGCACAACUGGUACGCCUGCUCCCACGCACGGCCCACCUUCUGCAACGUGUGCAAAGACAGCUUGUCUGGGGUCACGUCCCACGGCCUCUCCUGCGAAGUUUGCAAAUUCAAGGCCCACAAGCGCUGCGCGGUCAGAGCCACUAACAACUGCAAAUGGACGACUCUGGCCUCCAUCGGGAAAGACAUCAUCGAGGACGAGGACGGGAUUGCCAUGCCUCACCAGUGGCUGGAAGGGAACCUGCCCGUCAGUGCCAAGUGUGCCGUGUGUGAUAAGACGUGUGGCAGCGUGCUGCGGCUGCAGGACUGGCGCUGCCUCUGGUGCAAGGCGAUGGUGCACACAGCCUGUAUGGACCUGUACCCUCGCAAGUGUCCUCUGGGUCAGUGCAAAGUGUCCAUCAUCCCCCCCACAGCGCUCAACAGCAUCGACUCCGACGGCUUCUGGAAGGCCACCUGUCCUCCGUCCUGUGCCAGCCCCCUCCUGGUGUUCGUCAACUCAAAGAGCGGCGACAACCAGGGGGUGAAAUUCCUGCGGCGCUUCAAGCAGCUCCUCAACCCGGCUCAAGUGUUUGACCUGGUCAACGGGGGGCCGCACCUCGGUCUGCGACUGUUCCAAAAGUUUGACAACUUCCGGAUUCUGGUGUGCGGGGGGGACGGCAGUGUGGGCUGGGUCCUGUCAGAGAUCGACAAACUCAAUCUACACAAACAGUGCCAGCUGGGGGUGCUGCCGCUGGGCACUGGGAACGACCUGGCCCGGGUCCUGGGCUGGGGCCCGUCCUGCGACGACGACACCCAGCUGCCCCAGAUCCUGGAGAAGCUGGAGAGGGCCAGCACCAAGAUGCUGGACCGCUGGAGCAUCAUGACCUACGAGAUCAAGAUCCCGCCCAAGCACAGCUGCCCCACCACGCCCGAGGGAGCCGACGACUGCCAGUUUCAUAUUUCUGCUUAUGAAGACUCAGUAGCCGCCCACCUCACGAAGAUCCUCAACUCCGAGCAGCACUCUGUGGUCAUCUCCGCCGCCAAGAUCCUGUGUGAAACGGUGAAGGAUUUUGUUGCCAAAGUGGGAAAAGCUUAUGAGAAGAGCACAGAGAACACAGAUGAGUGCGACACCAUGUCCCUCAAAUGUGCCAUCCUGAACGAGAAGAUGGACUCGCUCCUCCACGCCCUCAACUCCGAGAGCCAGGCUCUGCCUCCGCUGCCCCACUCCACUCCUCCUAUAGUGGAGGAGGAGCAGGAGGAGGAGGAGGAAGAUGAGGAGGAGGAGGCCAGCGAGGAGAGCCUGACGGAGCUGAAGGAGAAGCUGGAGGAAGAGGAGACGGAGAAGGGAGGACGAGGCGGCAGCUCCCAACACCAGCUGUUCAAGAGCAGGGAGCAGCUGAUGCUCCGGGCCAACAGCCUGAAGAAAGCUGUGAGGCAGAUCAUAGAGCAGGCGGAGAGAGUGGUUGACGAGCAGAACGUCCACACGGAGGACACCGAGCUGCCGUCCUCCCUGGAGUUCAGGAAAGAGAGCGAGGACGAGAACAGGGACAGUGAGAAGGACGAAGACACCAAGGAGCUGGAGUCGCUGCCAUCUGCCAAGAGUCCCUGUUCCCCGAUGGAGAGGAGGGUGAGCCGCAGCACUCAGUCCUACAGCUCCUUCACCAUCACGCCAUUCACCACCAGCAAGGAGAACCUGCCGGUGCUCAACACACGCAUCAUCUGCCCGGGCUUGCGGGCCGGUCUGGCUGCCUCCAUCGCCGGCAGCUCCAUCAUCAGUAAGAUGCUGCUGGCGAACAUCGACCCGUUCGGCGCCACGCCCUUCAUCGACCCCGACCUGGAUUCGCUGGAGGGCUACAUGGAGAAGUGUGUGAUGAACAACUACUUCGGAAUCGGCCUGGAUGCGAAGAUCUCACUGGAGUUCAACAACAAGCGAGAGGAGCAUCCGGAGAAAUGCAGGAGUCGGACCAAGAACAUGAUGUGGUACGGAGUGCUGGGCACCAAGGAGCUUCUGCAGAGAACCUACAAGAACCUGGAGCAGAAGGUCCAGCUCGAGUGUGACGGACAGUACAUCCCCCUCCCGAGCCUUCAGGGCAUCGCCGUGUUGAACAUUCCCAGCUACGCAGGCGGGACCAACUUCUGGGGCGGCACCAAGGAGGAUGACAUCUUCUGUGCUCCAUCGUUCGAUGAUAAGAUCCUGGAGGUGGUGGCCGUGUUCGGCAGCAUGCAGAUGGCCGUUUCCCGAGUCAUCAAACUGCAACACCACCGCAUCGCACAGUGCCGGACCGUGAAGAUCACCAUCCUGGGCGAUGAAGGAGUUCCCAUCCAGGUGGACGGGGAGGCCUGGAUCCAGCCGCCCGGCGUCAUCAAGAUCCAACACAAGAACCGGGCUCAGAUGCUCACCAGAGACCGGGCGUUUGAGAACACGCUGAAGUCGUGGGAGGACAAGCUGAAGUACGACAAGCCUCCUCUUCGGCCUCACCUCUACCCUCAGCAGUCUGUGGACCUGGCCACGGAGGAGGAGGCCGCCAUGGUGCAGAUGUGCGCCCGAGCGGCAGAGGAGCUCAUCACCAGGAUAUGUGAGGCUGCAAAGACCAACGGGCUUCUAGAGCAGGAGCUGGCUCAUGCUGUGAAUGCUGCGUCACACGCCAUCAACAAGACACACCCCAAGUUCCCAGAGAGUCUGGCGAGGAUCACAGCCAUCGAGGUGGCCAGCACCGUCAAAGCUCUGUACAACGAGACCGAGUCCCUGCUGCUGGGCCGAGUCUCUCUGCAACUGGACCAACCGGAGGAGGACCUGCUGUCCAGUGCUCUGCAGAGCGCCGAGCUGGAAAUGGCCAAACUGGGAGAGAUCCCGUGGCUCUACAACAUCCUGCAGCCGAACGACGAGGAGGACCACUCUCUGGGUUACGGCAAGAGGAACAAUCGCAGCAGCAUGUUUCGCAUUGUCCCCAAGUUCAAGAAGGAGAAGGCCGCCAAGAAGACGAGUCCUCAGUCAGUGGAAAGAUGGGGCCCGGAGGAGGUGGGCGUCUGGCUGGAGCAGCUGAGCCUGGGCGAGUACAGAGACACCUUCAUCCGCCACGACAUCCGCGGCUCGGAGCUGCUGCACCUGGAGCGGCGGGACCUGAAGGAUCUGGGGAUAUCGAAAGUGGGUCAUAUGAAGAGAAUUCUCCAGGGAACUAAAGACCUGGCCAAGGUCUCCAUGGUGGACCUCUAACCCAGGAGCUGGAGCGACUGGUGGGGGGGGGGCAAGGAACCAACUCCCCCCUCGUGUCAAUGGAAGAGUUGUGAAGAAGAGGAGAGGAACUGAAGAAGAGGAGAGGAGCUGAAGAAGAGCAGAGGAGCUGAAGAAGAGGAGAGGAGCUGAAGAAGAGGAGAGGAGCUGAAGAAGAGGAGCUGCAGUGACUCUCUCUUUGUGACGUUGUGAACAACUCGCUCAUGUUUGUUUGUGCUCUGGUGCCAAUGGAGGAAGCUGAAGGAAGUCGCAACAGGAAGUCGUGGAUCCUCACAAGCAAACAAACAAACAAACAAACAAACAAACAAAAAAAGCCAUUUUUCUGAGUUAAUAACCAUUUCUAGCAAAACAACCAGGUAUGCAACUAACCAUUACUGUUCACAGGCAACCCGCCGUCUGGGUUCCCAUUACUAACCAGUAGCAAAACCAGGACUUCCAUCAGUGUGGGUUCGGUUUGAGUUCAGGUCCGAGUGUGUGACGCUGCUGGACCUCAGGUCACAUGUCGGCUGCAGACAGGGAGGGGGGCGGAGCCUGAAGGUUUCUGUCGCAUGCUACGCUCGCUCAACCUUAGAGACGUUUAACUGCAUGAUUAGUGUCUUGGGUUUUUAUUUCGUGUGCUAAAUAACACUUGAACAAGUUUUACAUGACUUAAGUAUUACGAUGCCAUUUGUUACUACUGAGAAGCAUCUUUCUGGUCUCACUCAAACCUUCUUUCUAGAGUUAAUUUAUUCUGUUUGCAUGACGAUGGCGUGUCGAUGAUUUGUGUCCGGUGCCAUAUCCUCGGUCAUUUCGUGUGAACUGUGCUUUACUGGUAGACGUCAUGAGAACUUUGGUUUUUUUAUUUGAGAAAAGCUGUUGUUGCGGUUUUGAGUAUAUGGAUUUAAUAUCUGUGAGUGGACAUCAGAACCGAAGUGAAUGUCUAUGAAACGUGAUCGUCUGAUGACUCCACUCUGUUAUUUAAUAGACCAGUAGAUCUUAGGUCUUAUUUCCAUUUGAAGUUUAUUAGUCAGAAAGUUAAACCACAUCGACUGUGGGGAAGUUUGUUUUUAGGAAAACUUAAAAGGCACUUUUUACUUCUUGCUUCAUGCAAGUGCAAAAUCCUCAUAUCGUAGAAUUAACUCUUCACCUCAACCUUUUUACUUUCGGCAGUGUAACGCAGUAUUUAACACUAAUGAGAAUAGGAGUUAGAUAUUGGUUUUGAGUAUAUGUACACAGUAAUACUACAGCUGACCUGCAGCAGCCUGCAUAGCAACUAGUUCAACUACUUUUACUUCAACUAAUUUAAAGUAAGUUUCUUCUAAGACUGGUGGCAUUACAGGGUAUAUUUCCACAUGUGUCCCCAUAUAUAUAUAUAUAACUAAAUAUAUAUAUAUAUACACGCACUGUAUAUACAGUAUACCAGUGUAUGCAAACAAUGUUUGUAAGUGUUGUAGUCUAAUGGAUUUGUAUAUUAUUGCUGACAUGGCAUGCAUUGUCCACAGCUUACACAUUUGAUUGUGUAUAUUACACCUUGACGAGUGUGUAUAGUUGAUCUUGUUCUAAUCUCUUGUACAUGAUGAUGCUGUUGUAUUUUAAUGAUGGUGCAAUAUUUGAUCUCUUGUUUUGAUACUUGUCUCUGCAGCUUUCUGACAUGAAGGAGAAAAAAACCCUUGAAAGAGUUUUUUUGUACCGUUUCUCCUCCUCGAGGUUUGAGGAUUAGAUUCUAAAGCUUCGACCCACAGACAGAUGUUUUCUAACGGACUCCACGUUUCUUCCAGCAGUUCACUAGUUUGUAGUUUUGCUCCUCUGUGCUUCCAGGACGAUACACCACGGUGGGACUGUGUCGGUGAAUGAGUCGAGUGGGCAGACACGACUGUUGUGUGUUUCUAAUGUGUGUCACGACGUGUUAGUGUGUGUUCUACAGCAGUGGCAUAUUUGACCUCGUACCAUCGUUGACUUCCUCUUUCGGAGAAUCAUUUCUUGCUCGUACGUCGGUUUUUAUUCUUUCUGUUUCCGUUCAUGUAUAAAAUAGUUUUUUUUUAGAUAAAUAUCGAGUUUUAAAAGCCAACGAGACGCACAAGUUUCCCCCCCGAUAAUCUCAAAUGACCGAAUGUGAGCGAAUCAGUUUGUGAGGAGUGGUGCACUGACCCUGACCCCCCAGUAGAGGGCAGUCCAUCCUGCCUCUCAUUGUCCAACAGGCUGAUUUCACAGAGACAAUCAGUUCAAACCUUUAUAUUCAGUAGCAUCGAGACAUUCAGCCUAUAAACCUAACUCCAGUGGUAGAUGAUGUUUAUCACGUGUGCAUUAAAGCUCAUCCUGCAUCUCACAGCCACAGAUACAGGAGGCGUCAGUCACUAGAAACCUCUCAUUCAAAAAAGGUCAGAGGUCGUUUCCCCUGACAGAACAGAACUAUGCCUUUAUUUUAAUCAGUAGAUUUACACUCAUUGAAAUGACCGUCGGCCUUUCUGCGAUCCAGUAGCUCUGCGUCCAGGUUGGACCUGAGUUGAAGCCUUUGUGUUCUUGUGCUUUAUUGGAGCAGUGUGGUGGACCUGCUGUCUGCUGCCUCGCGCCCACAGUGCAUCACGGUCGUGUGUGUGUGUGUCUGUGUUUAGUGUCUGCCGGCCGGGUUCAGUCACACAAAGAGAGUUUUGGGCCCCAGGCUCCAGGCAGGGUCGUGCUCCACCUUCCCCUGCGGAGCGGAGAGUGGACGUCCCCCCCGCUGUGUCUCCAGUGGUCUGUAAAUAAUGCUGCAAACUGCCUGGUUUUAAAAACCUGUCCCCAUGCAAGGAUCUCUAGAAGACAGAUUAACACUUAGUCUUGGACUCGGCUCCUAAAGUCACGGGAGAAAAGUGAAUUUCAUUUGUUUACAUUAUGUUUACAAUGGCACAGUUUUAAUUUGUAAGAAUAUAUAUGUAGGUAUAAACAACAUUUGCAUAUUUAUUGCCUAAGGUUAAAGGAUAUGACGUGUAUUGUGUUUUCACAUUUGGAAUAUAAUGUUACAGUUGUCACCUGUAUUACUAUCUGGAUGAUUUUGGUAAAGUAGUUGAUGAUUUCUAUGACUACUAAGUGACUGUUUUCUGUGCCUUUUUAUGGUUAGAAUGCAUGGUUAACUAUUUAUUACGAUUUGGAGUCACCGAGAUGUGUAUUUUUGUAUUCCGAAUAAAUAAAUGGUUGAGCUUUUGUUGUACAUUUGUAAGGUGCCUUAAAACAGGCUACCUAUUCAUAUCUCUCUUCUUCAAUAAAACCAAAUACAUAUGCAGUGUG